CCCGGCCGCCCCGGGGUCCCCCACUUCUCGCUCGGGCGGCGGCGCGGCGAAUGGACCAGGAGGCGCAGCAGGCACCCUAGGAUCUCCCAAAUGGGGUGGCUUUGCUCCAGAAUCACCUUCUCUGUGAGUUGCCUGAUGCUGGUGUGGGCAGCAGGCGCUGGGAGUGUGAAGGUCCUGCAUGAGCCCACCUGCUUCUCUGACUACAUCAGCAUCUCCACUUGUGAGUGGAAGAUGGACGGUCCUACCAACUGCAGUGCUGAGCUCCGCCUGACCUACCUGCUCAAUUCUGAAGACUCUGAAAACCUCACGUGUGUCCCUGAGAACAAAGAGGGCACAGUGUGCGUGUGCUAUAUGCCGAUAGAUGACGUCGCCAGGGAGGACAUCUAUCAGCUGAGCCUGUGGGCCGGGAGACAGCUGCUGUGGAAUGGCUCCUUCAAACCCAGUGAAAAUGUGAAACCUCUGGCCCCCAGGAACCUCACUGUUCGUCCCAACGUCUCCGAGUGGCUGCUGACGUGGAGUGACCCGUACCCUCACGAGAACUACCUAUAUUCCCAGCUCAACUACCAGAUCAACAUUUCAAAUGAAAAUGACCCCACAGAUGUCAUACUCUAUGAUGUGACGUACGAGGGGUGCUCCCUGUACUUCCAAGCCAGCAUCCUGAAGCCCGGGGCCUUCUACAGUGCCCGCGUGAAGUGUUUGGCUCGGGAAUACAAGAGCAGCUGGAGCGACUGGAGCCCCAGCACCAGGUGGCAUAAUUACUUUCAGCCGCCCAUGGAGCAGCACCUCCCGCUCGGCGUCAGCAUCUCCUGCAUCAUCAUCGUGGUCCUCUGCCUGUCCUGCUACGUCAGCAUCCUCAAGAUUAAGAAAGAAUGGUGGGACCAGAUUCCCAACCCAGCCCGCAGCCCCAUGGUGACCAUUGUCAUCCAGGAUACUCAGGUAUCACUGUGGGGGAAGCGAUCCAGAGGCCAGGAACCAAUCAAGUGCCCACACUGGAAAAGUUGUCUUACCAAGCUCCUGCCCUGUUUCCUGGAGCAUGGCAUGGGAACGGGUGAGGACGCCCCCAAAGCUGCCAGAAAUGGGCCUUUGCAGGGCCCUGGUAUAUCACCAUUGCGUCCUGUGGAGGUCAGCAAGACCAUUCUCUGGCCAGAGAGCAUAAGCGUGGUGCGGUGUGUGGAGCUGUCGGAGGCGCCGGAGGAGAGGGAGGAGGAGGUGGAGGGAGACAAAAGGAGCUUCUGCCCAUCGUCCCACAACAGCGGGGGCAGCUUCCUGGAGGGCAGAGAGGGAAUUGCAGCCCGGCUGACAGAGAACCUGUUCCUAGAUCUUCUGGGAGGUGAGGAUGGGGACUUUCACCCGCAGGGCCUGGAGGGGUCCUGCCUUCCUCCCUCUUCAGGAACUGUGAGUGCUCAGAUGCUGUGGACGGGGGUUCCCAGGGAGGGGCCCCAGGAGACCUGCCAGAGUGAGGGGCCUGAGUCAGAUCUGUGGGCCGCUCGACCCCAGCGCCCAGCCAGCCCGACUUUCACAGAGAUGCCCACCGUCGUCACGGACAACCCCGCCUACCGCAGCUUCAGCCCCUUCCCCAGCCCGCCCUCAGGUCCUGGUGUGCCCAACCCAGACCCCCAGCCGUCUGAGUGCCGUGGGGGAGUGGGCCAUGGCACCCGCUCUGCCCAGCAGCCCUCGGAGCCACUCCUCACACUCCAUCCAGAGCCGGAAACCUGGGAGCAGAUCCUCCGCCAGAGUGUCCUCCAGCACAGGAUGGCCGCUGCCCCCGCCCCCCUCAGCGACUACCGGGAGUUUCUGCGGGCAGUGGAGCAGGGCGGCACCCAGGAUGGUCAGGGGGCAGGCUGCGGCCCCACCCGAGAGACGGGCUAUAAGGCCUUCUCCAGCCUGCUCGCCAGCAGUGCCACCUGCCCAGGGACGUCGGGGGAGGAGGGGAGCAGUGGGGACAGCAGCUACAAGCCCCUCCAGAGCCUUGCUCCUGGCUGCCCUGAGGCCUCUGCCCCAGUCUCUCGCCCUCUGCUCACCUUUGGACUGGACAUGGAGCCACCUCAUAGUCCUCAGCACUCACUCCCCCCAGGCAGCUACCCAGAGUGCACCCAGCUGGAGCCUGUGGACAAAGGGGAGGACAGACAGAAGCCCCUGUGUGCCCUGGAGCAGGCCACAGACCCCCUCCAGGAUGACCUGGGCAGCGGCAUCAUCUACUCGGCCCUCACCUGUCACCUGUGCGGCCACCUGAAGCAGUGUCACAGCCAGGACGAGCAGGGUGACACCCACGUAGUGGCCACUCCCUGCUGUGGCUGCUGCUGUGGGGACAGGUCCUCACCCCCAGUGAGCCCCCUGAGGACCCUAGACUUCCUGCCAAGUGGGGUUCCCCUGGAGGCUAGCUUCUCUUCUGACUCCCUGGCACCCUUGGGUGUCUCAGAGGAGGCUAAGCCUUCCUUGCUCUGCCAGCCUGCCCCAGGCAAUGCUCAGAGCUCCAGCCAGACCCCCAAAAUGGUGGCAGUGCUCUCCACCAGGCCCGCCUGCAUGACCACCUCCUAAGUGUGUGCCUUCGUGUUGCUGAGGCCUGCAGGUGAGCACCAGGCCUCACCCAUGCCUGCGAAAUGCAUCCACUGCAUUGGCAGCCAGGCUGGCAGAUUUCCAAGACUUGGGGGACCCUGGUAUAAAGUCCCGCUGGGGCUGCAGAGACCAGAUACCCCUACUCCCCACAUUGGCCUGGACUCCUCACAUCCCGUGUGAGUGGAGGUUGCUAGGCAGCUGUGCCCACAGCAGGUGCUGGGAGAGCCGGAAGUUCCUGGGCACCUUGGCUUGUUCAUCCGAUCACAGCUUCUCCCGUGUGCCAUCACUGUCACGCCUGCCCAAGGCGUGACUUGUUAUCUAAUCACUGUUGCCCGUGUGUAACCAGUCCUGGGUUCACUGCGCCAUGUUACUGGAUUGGAUGCUGAGCCAAGAACCAGCCACAUCAACCAGGAGCAACUCAGGAGGCUUUUGGGAAGCCAGUGGGAAGCCGAGGUCAUCCACCCGGAGAGGCCCAUUCACUCGGAUGGAGCUUUGUGAGGCUACCACUACUGGAGGCAGGAUCUGGGCGGUGGAGGGUGCUGAGUCAAGAGGAUGCGAAAAAGAGUGACUUCCAACCAGUGACAAUUUGCUGUCAGGUUCCCCCUCAAAUGUAAGACUUGGGUUCUUGUUACACUUGGGAUCCCCGUAAUAAACUUGCCCAGCUGCCUUGGGAUUUGUGCCCCCACGGACACCGUGACUGGCAGCCACAGGAGACCAGAGGAAGUGGUUUUUUCCCAGGAUCCAGCCGGGCCAGGCCCUCUAGCCGGUGACACGGUGACUGUGAGGGCUGCAGCCUGCGCAUAGGCCGGACCUCAAGUUGAGUAACACUUGUUUGCUUUUCUAAGAUUGUCUUAUCACCUGGCAUUUGUGUUUGCUGAGGAUGUGGAAUGGGAGGGGAGGAGGUUUUGUAUCCACAAAGGCUCUUUAUCUCCUUCCCCCCUCAUUCAUUAAACACACACUUCCAGGCCCUGUUGUGAGUGCUUUGUCCCUGUUA